UGUAGCACCUCUGGAAUCCAUUCCUGAACUAUCUUUAGAGCCUGUUAAGAGUGAGCCUGUUGAAGAACCUACUCUAACAGAAGCUCCUGUUGAAGAACCUCUGGUAACAGAAGCUGUUGUGGAGUUCACGGAAUCUGAACCUGUUACAGAACCACUUGUAGAAGCUUCUAUUCCGGAACCCACUGUGGAAACCCUAGUAACAGAGUCUGUUGUUGAAGCCUCUGUACCAGAAUCCAUCAUUGAAGUCUCUGUAACAGAACCUGUUGCAGAAGCUCCAGCAGUUACGCAGAGUGAAGAACCCUUAGCUUCUGUAGUUGAGAGUGAAACCGAGCCUACACCUGUAAUCAUCACUGCGCAUGUUCCGGAGGCUUCACCUGUUUCUGAGAGUGCUGCAGUUUCUGAGCCAGCUCCUGCUGCUGAGCCUGUUGAAUCCACUGCUGCUCACUCUGAUGUCCCUGAACACGCUCCCUAUCUGCUGAUUGGUGGAGGCACUGCUUCAUUCGCUGCAGCUAGGUCCAUCCGGGCACGUGACCCUGGUGCCAGGGUGUUGAUUGUAACAGAGGAGUCUGAACUGCCCUACAUGAGACCUCCUCUCUCUAAAGAACUCUGGUUCUCUGAUGACCCCAAGGCCACUGAAACACUGAGCUUCAAACAGUGGAAUGGCAAAGAGAGGAGUAUUUACUUCCAGCCUCCCUCAUUCUAUGUCAGUCCCACGGAUCUUGCUAAAGUGGAGAAUGGUGGUGUGGCUGUGCUUACGGGCCGUAAGGUGGUACACAUGGAUGUCAGAGAAAAUAAAGUCAAAUUGAGUGAUGGUGCAGAGAUCUCGUAUGAAAAGUGCCUGAUUGCCACAGGUGGGGUGCCUAGAAACCUGCAAGUGAUUGACAGAGCAGGAGAGGAAGUGAUGAAGAGGACAACCCUCUUUAGAAAAAUUGAAGAUUUUAGAUCUCUAGAGAAGAUCUCCAGAGAGGUUAAGUCCAUUACCAUCAUUGGCGGAGGUUUUCUCGGUAGCGAGCUAGCAUGUGCCUUGGGUCGCAGAUCCACUGACCUUGGUUUAGAGGUGAUCCAGAUGUUCCCAGAGAAGGGUAACAUGGGAAAAGUACUGCCUGAAUACUUGAGUAACUGGACCACUGAGAAAGUCCGGAAAGAGGGUGUGAACAUCAUCAUGGAUGCUGUAGUGAAAAAUGUGAGCUACAAAAAUGACAAAUUGGAGAUCAAACUGAAGGAUGGACGACUGAUUGAGACAGACCACGUUGUAGCAGCAGUUGGUUUGGAGCCUAGUGUGGAACUUGCCAAAUCUGCCGGGCUAGAGGUGGACUCUGAUUUUGGAGGGUACCGGGUUAAUGCUGAGCUCCAGGCUCGCUCCAACAUCUGGGUGGCAGGAGAUGCUGCAUGUUUCUAUGACAUCAAGCUGGGCCGCCGACGUGUAGAGCAUCAUGAUCACGCGGUGGUCAGCGGCAGACUGGCUGGAGAGAACAUGACCGGAGCCAGCAAACCCUAUUGGCAUCAAUCGAUGUUCUGGAGUGAUCUAGGUCCAGAUGUAGGAUAUGAAGCCAUCGGUAUAGUGGACAGCAGUCUGCCCACCGUGGGAGUGUUCGCUAAAGCCACAGCCAAGGACACACCAAAAGCUGCAACCGAACAAUCAGGCACCGGAAUCCGUUCUGAGAGUGAGACAGAGGCAGUUGCCGUGACAUUGAAAGCAGAAACAACGGCCCCUCCACCUCCUGUCCAGCAGAAGGAGGAUUAUGGGAAAGGAGUGGUAUUUUACCUGAGGGACAACGUGGUGGUCGGUAUUGUACUGUGGAACGUCUUCAACAGAAUGCCUAUUGCAAGGAAGAUAAUCAAAGAUGGAGAACAACAUGCAGAUCUUAAUGAGGUGGCCAAGCUUUUCAACAUCCAUGAAGACUGAACAAUCUUUGUUUUCUCUGUUUUCUGUCCACUGUGUCAAGGGCACUCUGCCCAAAUCCAUGUGGAGUGAACUUGGGAGAAGACACACACACACAUACACACUGAACAAACACAUACAGACUCACACCAGUCUGUCGUCUGCCAUUUUGACCUCAAAAGUCUUUGAGAUCAGGACAUGCCAUGCUGACUCCAGACUGCAAGGUGGCGCUGUGCCCAUGGAUUGGUUAAAACUGUACCACUCAAUUUUCUACCCAGGGAAAUCUAAGCUUCAUGUUUGUAUUGAAAAGUUGCUGUGUGUGGUCUUUUUUUUUUUUUUUUUGAGGUCAGUAAUUGUUUAUCUCAAUUCUUGAAUGCAUCCCUUCUAAACAUCUCUUCAAAAUCAAAUACAAUAUCCACUUUUGUUGAAUAUUGCAAUAAAGUUGCAUUUUGAAGCAAACAAAACCAGAUGAGAGACAUUCCUCUGACGCCUGGUAGCACACUGUUUGCUGCCUGCACGAUCAAAGCAGCUGGUACAAAUGAAGAUUAAAUAAAAGUAAGUUAUUUUUAAA